AUGAUCCUUCUUUUCUUUGUCUUGUUUUUUGCAACACGCGGGACAUAUAAAGCGUGGGUGAUCACAGACACUCAUACCGAUAACCAGUACAGUGUUGGAUCUGCUGCGAAAUGUUUUUCGAUCGACUGUUGCCACGAAGACUCUCGUCCACGUAAGAACACAGAGAACGAAGUAGCUGGUCGUUGUGGUAAUACCAAUUGUUAUGCUCCAUUGGAUACCGUAGCGUCCUCGUUUGACUUUAUCAACGCACACAAAGACAAAACUGAUGUUGUCUUUUGGUUAAUGGACGCAGUUCCUGGUGAUGUAGUUCGACAAUCGAAGGAAAUUAACAAAGAGACGAUUACCUCUGUUGUUGAGCAGAUGAAAAAGAGGAUGCCUGGUCUGCGAGUGUAUCCCGUUCCUGGUAAUCAUGACUAUUUUCUCAGUUCUAACUGGGAGUACCCCCCAAAGUCUCAAUGGAUGCUCGACCAUUUGAGUGAUUUGUUCAGUGAUUGGUUAAGUCCGACAGCUUUAGAAACGUUUAAGAAAGGAGGAUAUUACACUGAAAUCAUUGAACCUGGGAUAAGAGUCAUUUCUCUUAAUUUGGUCUAUUUCGAUACAUUCAGUACACAUUGUUCUGAGUACCAAGAAACAGACCCUGCGAAUGAAGUUGCUUGGUUUAAAGACACCCUCCAAAAUGCAAAAGAAAACAAUGAAAAGGUGAUGAUAAUAUCACACGAAUGUAUGGGAAUACGUGACGACGGGACGUUGGAACUGACUCCAAAAUUCAACGAAGACUAUGCCGACAUCAUGAAGACAUACGGUGGCAUCGUUAUCGCUCAACUCUGCGGACAUACUCAUAUGGACGCGUAUAGAUUAUUACCAAACUACACUGACGCUACAUUCCCAAGUAUCGUUAACCCCGCGUUAACGACUUGGGGCAAUUUAAACCCUAAAUUUAAAAUCAUCGAAUACGACAAGGAUUCUGUCGUCAAUUGGGAAACUUUCAUGUUGAACAUUUCAGAGUGCAAUUUGAUGGAGUCUGGAUAUAAUUGGGUGAAGGAUUAUAAUGCUGGAGAAACUUAUGGUAUCACGAGGUUCGAUGUUGAGGGAUUGAGAGAGUGGACUGAUGCUAUGAGAAAAGACGAGAGUGUAUUCCAGACCUUUGUUAAACACUUUAAGGCAGAGGAUUUUGUCUGCACAGGAAAUUGUAGAGAAAGACUGCUUUGUGCUUUCACACACCACAACGAACAGGAAUACAUCGACUGCCUCACAAAUCAAUAA